AUGGCGUCCGUAUAUAAAUCCAUCGCGAAAAGACGGAAGGUCAAUUCUGAAGAGAAUGAGCUCGACGGGGAUGUGCAUAUGGAAGACAGACUCAGUGACGAAAGCAGCGACAGCGACCUGGAAGAGUCAGACGAGGAGCACAGCAUAAAUGGCGAAACGAUGACAAAACCUAAUGAUAGUUUAUCGAAUUCUUCUGGGUUUAUGCCGAAAACCAGGAUCUUAAUGCUCACCUCAAGAGGCGUAUCACAUAGCGCCCUCCUUCCACAUACCCACAAAGAAAGCAAACUCGAUACCAAGAAGAAAACAGCGGGCUACAAUUUCCUCCUCAACUCACUCGCCGACCUCCACUCCUGCAAUGUCAUUUUUUUCCUAGAAGCAAAGAAGCACGGUCAAGAUCUUUACCUGUGGCUUUCGCGACCGCCUAAUGGCCCUACGAUUAAAUUCUCCGUUACCAAUCUACAUACGAUGGGCGAAUUGGGCACAGGAUUUGCUGGGAAUUGUCUAAAGGGUGGACGUGGGAUAGUAGUGUUUGAUCCAUCCUUUGACGAUAAAGAGAUCAUGAAAACCGGAAACGAGUGGAGGGGAUUGGUCAAAGAGAUGCUCAGGGGAGUAUUUUCUGUGCCAAAACGUGGCGUUCGGGGAAUGAAGCCGUUUAUUGACCGUGUGAUUGGCAUAUAUUGGGUGGAUGGGAAGAUAUGGAUUCGGGUUUUCGAGAUACGAGAGACUGAUGGUAAAGUGGGAAAGGAUGGCGAAGAGGAAGAGGUUGCAGAUAAAAAGAAGUCGAAGCGAGGGAAGGAUGGGCUGCCGCAUCUCUCCCUUGUCGAAAUCGGUCCGCGAUUUGUUCUUACGCCCAUCGUGAUUUUGGAAGGGAGCUUUGGCGGCCCUGUUAUCUAUGAAAAUCGGGAAUAUGUGAGCCCGAAUCAAGUACGACGGGAGAUCAGGCUGAAGAAAGCUGCCCGAUAUGUUUCCAGACGGGCUGGGCAGAUGGAUAGGACGGUCAAGAAUGCGGCAUUGGGCUUAGGCACCGAGGGUGAGCCGAAUAGGAAAAAGGAUGAGCUUGAUUCGCAUGUGUUGUUUGCUUAG